CAUGGUGCAGUUGUGCAACUGGAUGUUUAAUAUGCGCCAGAAUUCUGUGAUGUAUACAGUACUACUUACAAUUUUCAAAUUUUAACGCAUACAUUGGUUUCGGAGCAGAAAACUGUGAUAUCAAAAACAGUUGUUACGAUGUCUAGUUUAAUGCACUUGUUAGUGUACUGAAUUAAAAUCCGCACAAGUUUUCAGUCAGUAGAAAAAUUAAUGUACGGACUCGCACUUUGAAUUUCGUCAGUGGAUGUUGCACUGCAAUUCCACCCAGCUGCAGACAUUUUUGACACCCACAAACGCUGCAUGUUUUUGGAUGUUACAUUUUUUGGCGUUUGGGAUCAACGAUGCAUCAUGGUCGCAAUUUAAAAGGAUUUUACGCAUAUUGCGCUGGAAGAUUGAAUGAGUAAGGUUUCCCCCUUUGACAAUCACAGUUCACGAAUUCCCAUAUUUUGAAACUGCCUUAUCUCCAUUUGAUAAUUGAUACUAGGUGGUAUUGAUCGUCAAAAUGAAUACCACAAUAUUUUCAUCAGUGUCGCAGUAUUUGUUGCUGAUAUGCAUACUACAACUUUCCUUCCUGAUUAACGAAUACGGAGCGGUAAAAUGCCCGUCUGCGCACACAUUUCGCCUUGGGCACAACCCAACUACCACUAUUGUUUGUGCUGGCCAAUCUUCCUACUCGUAUCUCGCAAAUGUAACAUGGAAAUUUACAAGGUUCAGUACAGCUAACUUUCCGGAAGACGAAAUAAUUAUUUCUCCAUCACACCGGUAUCAGGUGCAAAUUGACGGUGAUAGCACUAUGCUGACCAUUCGCAAUCCGGCGUGGGCGGAUGUCGGACACUACAGGAUUGUCUUAAAUGAAACGGACGAAGCCGUAGUGGAGCUACAAGCCCUGCCUUGGAUUUUUAUCCAUCCGGCCAACGGUAUACACUUCUACGCGGGCACCGAUCACGUCGAGAUCGAGUGCCUGCAGGCGGCACCGCUACCAAAUGUGACCUUUUCGUGGUUGCGCGAUGGAGAAAUUAUGAACGAGUUUUCUCAUCCACAGAUUGGAUUUUCGUCGAAUGCCCAAAACAACACCAAUGCAAAACUGAUAUUUGGCACGGUGGAUUACUUGGAUAGAGCGUUGUACACCUGCGUUGUGAGUGGUCAAUAUGGCAAUGACACUGCAAACUUGCUGCUGCGCGUGCGCAGUCCCCGAUGUUGGCUGUAUCCGUUUACCGGAUGCUUCGGUUUGCUUUUUAUACUGGCAGUCAUACUUGGCAUUGAUGAGUGGCGAAAGAAACGAUCGAGAAACCGGGAGCAGGAUGAUUUGAAAGAGGUUUUUGCUGGAGGAAACCAAGUACGCGAAGGAGAUGUGAAGAAUUUUCCAGAGAUUGUGGCGGUAAAUGUGCCACCGAAAGGCGAACCUUCGUUUAUUUCUUACAAGGCUCUUCAAGAUCGCGAAAUUCAUGACUGAUCGUGAUUCUUGAAUUUCGGAGAAGAAUGUUGAAUUUCGGACUAAAUGAUUGUUGAUUUCUUAUAAAACCUCGUCCUGUAUUUUCUUCUUCAUAAAAAAAUCUGGGAAGUUCUAUAUAUAAGGCACUUAAUAUUUCUUAAAUAAUUUUUUCCUUACGCUUCGAAUGUUGAAAUAAUUAUGCCUAAUUAGUUGCUGAUGUGCAGCAGCGGCCAUAUGUGAUCGAUCAUCGAUUUACAGCACAACAGCGUGAUUUCACAUCAGAGUGUGGGUAUAAAUUUCUCAUGACUUCGAAGGGUUCUGGGGUUCUGCGCUAAUCAAUGACCUUUGCA